UUCUGUUCGAGAAGGGACACUUGAGAGUUAAUAACCAUCUCUCAGACUAGCAGGAGUUCUCUGCAGGUAGCAGACUGGAAAUGCGAACUCUUUGGGGACAGGCUCUGUUGCUUUCUGUUCCUUCACUUGCAGGAAGGUGCAUAUUUAUUUAAAACGGACUGAAUUUCCUGCUCAAUGGCUGGUCUUGAUUCUUCAAGACUAGUGGGUAUUUCCUUUUAAUGUCUCCAAUGCUGUUUUUUUCUUUUUGAGGUUGAGGGGGAAGAGAUCGGUUGAAAUUCUGGUUGGCUAAGUGAGAGAUUCUCAGAAAUGAGAAAGGGGGGAGGAAACAGACUUAGAAGGCGGCGGGAGCCCCCGGUCGCCCCACUUUGCUGCACACCCACUACCUCCGCCUGGUGACCUUCCGUGGAGACCCCAGGAGGCUGCAUCAAUAUUUGAUCAGCCUUUCGCCAGCGCGUUGCCAGCACUCGUCGGCGGGGCUUGCCAGGCAUCGCCAGCGCGGCGCUGAAAACAGCGCGGGGCCGCCGGGGGCUUUGGGAGGACCGGCUCUGCGCUCGCCCCCUCCCCCCGGGCCGCUGGGCUUGGGAGCGGCCGGGCCGCGGCGCCCACCAUGCGCGGUUGCACGGGGCUGGCGCUGCUCUGCGCGCUGCCCUGGCUUCUGCAGUUGGUGGUCCCCGGGCGCCCCGCGCCACCCGCAACGCUGCGCCGCGACCCCCGCAACCCCGCCAGGGGCGCAGAGUUCGAUCGCAUCUACAGCGGGGUGGUGAGCCUCCCCACCGAGAACAUCUACUCCUUCAACUACACCAGCCAGCCCGGCCAGGUGACUGCCGUGCGGGUGUACGUGAACAGCUCCUCCGAAAACCUUGACUACCCGGUCCUGGUUGUGGUUCGCCAGCAGAAAGAGGUGCUGUCCUGGCAGGUUCCUCUGCUCUUCCAAGGACUAUACCAGAGGAGCUACAACUACCAGGAAGUGAGCCGUACCCUUUGCCCCUCCGAAGCAACCAAUGAAACAGGACCUCUGGAGCAACUGAUAUUUGUAGAUGUCGCAUCCAUGGCGCCCCUGGGUGCCCAGUACAAGCUGCUGGUUACCAAGCUCAAGCACUUCCAGCUGCAGACAAAUGUUGCCUUUCACUUCACUGCCAGCCCCUCUCAACCUCAGUAUUUCCUAUACAAAUUUCCUGAAGACGUAGACUCAGUUAUCAUUAAAGUCGUGUCUACAUUGGCUUAUCCAUGUUCUGUUGUCUCAGUCCAAAAUAUCAUGUGCCCAGUAUAUGAUCUUGACCACAAUGUGGAAUUUAAUGGUGUCUACCAGUCCAUGACUAAGAAAGCUGCCAUCACACUACAGAAGAAGGAUUUUCCAGGUGAGCAGUUCUUUGUGGUGUUUGUGAUAAAGCCUGAAGAUUAUGCCUGUGGAGGAUCUUUCUUCAUCCAGGAAAAGGAAAACCAGACUUGGAAUCUACAACGUGCAAAGAAUCUUCAAGUGACCAUUGUUCCUUCCAUUAAAGGAUCCGUUUAUGUGAAAUCUAUUCUUCUCAGUCUCGUCAUCUUCUUCUCCUUCUACUUGGGGUGCCUGUUUGUUGCAUUCAUCCAUUAUAUCAGGUUUCGGAGAAAAUCUACCGAUGGAAGCUUUGGUUCCAAUGAUGGCUCUGGAAAUAUGUCGGUGUCAAAUCCCAUUGCUGCCAGUACCCCUGAAGGGAGCAAUUAUGGGGCAAUAGAUGAGUCAAGCUCCAGUCCUGGCAGGCAAAUGUCCUCCUCUGAUGGUAGACAGCCGUGCCAGUCAGACACUGACAGCUCCGUGGAGGAAAGUGACUUUGACACCAUGCCAGACAUUGAGAGCGAUAAGAACAUCAUCCGCACCAAGAAAUCCAAGUACGGUUUUGCAUUCUCUUUUUACUUGGCAUCCCAGAUGUUCCUUUACCUGUCAGAUCUGUCCAGGAAGGACCGAAGAAUUGUCAGCAAAAAGUAUAAGAUUUAUUUUUGGAACAUCAUUACCAUUGCUGUGUUUUAUGCACUGCCUGUGAUCCAGCUGGUUAUCACCUACCAAACAGUUGUCAACGUCACUGGCAACCAGGAUAUCUGCUACUACAACUUCCUCUGUGCUCACCCCUUGGGUGUCUUGAGUGCCUUCAACAACAUUCUCAGUAACCUGGGCCACGUGCUCCUGGGCUGCCUCUUCCUGCUGAUAGUCUUGCACCGGGACAUCCUCCAUCGAAGAGCUCUGGAAGCCAAGGACAUCUUUGCCACGGAAUACGGGAUUCCCAAACACUUCGGUCUCUUCUAUGCCAUGGGCAUUGCACUGAUGAUGGAGGGGGUGCUCAGUGCUUGUUACCACGUCUGCCCCAAUUACUCCAACUUCCAGUUCGACACCUCCUUCAUGUACAUGAUCGCCGGCCUCUGCAUGCUGAAGCUCUACCAGACCCGCCACCCGGACAUCAACGCCAGCGCCUACGCCGCCUACGCCUCCUUUGCCCUGGUCAUCACACUCACCGUCCUCGGAGUGGUGUUCGGGAAAAAUGGCCUAUGGUUCUGGCUCACCUUCUCUGCAGUCCAUAUUCUGGCGUCUCUGGCCCUCAGCACCCAGAUCUACUACAUGGGUCGUUUCAAGAUAGAUUGGAAAAUGUUCCGGCGGGCCGCUGUGGUGUUCUACACCGACUGCAUCCAGCAGCGCAGCCGGCCUCUGUAUAUGGACAGGAUGGUAUUACUCAUCGUGGGGAACCUGGUUAACUGGUCCUUCGCCCUCUUUGGACUCAUCUACCGACCCAGGGACUUCGCUUCCUACAUGCUGGGCAUCUUCAUCUGCAACCUGCUGCUUUACCUGGCCUUUUACAUCAUCAUGAAGCUUCGCAGCUCCGAGAAGAUCCUCCUGAUCCCGUUUUUCUGCAUUGUCGCCACCGCUGUAGUGUGGGCUGCCGCUCUGUAUUUUUUCUUCCAGAAUCUCAGCAGCUGGGAGGGAACGCCAGCCGAGUCCCGGGAGAAGAACCGAGAGUGCAUCCUGCUGGAUUUCUUUGACGACCAUGAUGUCUGGCACUUCCUCUCCGCUACUGCCCUGUUUUUCUCAUUCUUGGUUUUGUUAACCCUAGAUGACGACCUGGAUUUAGUUCGGAGAGACCAGAUUCCUGUCUUCUAAGCCUUCCAGCAUGGAGAGCUGGGGAGAGCGAGCCACUGAUCUUGGUGCUGUUUCAUGAAAAAAUACAGGGACUGAAGCAAAGUCACCACUGCCAAAUGCUCCACUCGCCCACUGACGGGUGAGCUCUGUACACAUUCCCACAGGGAGGAGAGGAGCUAAGGGGGACCCAAACCUUCAAGAAAGGGAGGCAGAAGAGAAGCUGCAGCUGUGGACAGAGAUGAGCCCUCCAGAGUCAGAAAACACCCACCAUCCCCUUUUGUUGCAACUCUGAACUAGACGUGGGCAAGCUGCAUCAAAGUCAACCACCUUGGGACUCCUGCUACCCUCACCUGAGACUCGCCAGCCAUGGCAGAACCAUGCCACACUCUGCCCUCCACCUGCUUCCCUGCCCAGAGAGGCCAGCAGCCCAGAUUUCCUGCCCAGAAACUCCAGGCUGUGCACCUCUGUAACAUCCGCUGCUCUAGAUAUCCCCAGACAACAGCCUCCUUCUCCGAGGUCCUGGGAUGAUGUGAUUCCCUGAAGUCUGGUAGAGGGGUGGCUCCAAGGCCCUGCCCAACUGGGAUAGAUGUUCUGCAGCACCAGCUGGUCACCUCCAUUGCAGGAAUGCUGUGCGCUUCCCUCAGGUUCCUGGAAGCAUUAGGAAGACUCCAAGUUGGGCUCCAGGUUGUCACACACCCUGGGCAGGUAACUGUCUCUGGGACCAAGGCGUGGGUGCUUCCCUGUUCCCUGCGUCUCCAUCCCACCGUUGUGUGUUGACCCCAUGACUCAGGCUCUACCUUCUUGGGAAGGCCCUGUCUCUCCACAGAUCAGCUCCAAGGUGGAAGGGGAAAUGGGAAAUUCUUCCACCAUCAGGAGAAACAAGAGGAAUGCCCGACAGCACUAGGAGACUGGUAACAUCAGCAUCAGGCCAACGGGCCUCGCACGAAAGACUUGGGCUCCUGGAACAGAUUUAGCAAAGGCAAAAGUACCUCCAGUCCAAAUAGCUCCAUCCCGUGCCCACAUCACCCUCGGGGAAGACAUAAGUGUCCUCCUCAGGGUCACAGCUCUCAGGCUGCUGUGCCACCAACCAUGGCCCUCCCCUGCGGCUGCAUGCAGAUCAGGGCUCCAGACUUCCCCCCCGAGGUUCUCUGGAGGCCAGCCUCAGGGUGAGCGCAUCUCCCUCCUCCUCUCCAGUUGCAGAGAGCUCAGCCAGCUUGGGGUUGUCUCUCGGAUUCACAUUCUCUCCCCAGGACAGUGUUGAAAAGCUCAGCAGUCCCCACCCUCACUCUCACGCUGGCGGCUGCUCUGCCCCUAGAAAGUCCCGUUUUGACCAAACUCCCCUGUUACCUGGGCUAGAUGCUAUCAUAACUUGUACAUGCAAACACAUGUUCAAAGGUAUGUCUGCCUGUGAAAUCAAAGUUACUUUCUCACCUCUGCUUUCCCAAUCUUUCAUUAGAGAAAUGGAUCAGCCACCCUUUUAAAAAUAUAUUAUUUCUCUAAAAUAAUGUUCAAAACACAUUUUUGAAGUUUAAAUAGCAAACUUUCCCUAAUUUUAAGAACAGAGAUGCUUUCAAUGAAGCAUUGUGACCGUUUUUCCUAAAAUGCUCCCAAAUUUGUAAUUGGUCUUCUGUUAUUCUUUAUUUCUUAAAAAUUAUUGGCUUCCAUAGGCCACAUGCGGCUUCCCAGGCGGCGCUAGUGGUAAAGAACCACCUGCCAAAGCAGGAGACAUAAGAGACAUGGGUUCAAUCCCUGGGUCUGGAAGAUCCCUUAGAGGAGGGCAUGGAAACCCACUCCAGUUUUCUUGCCUGCAAAAUCCCAUGCACAAAGGAACCUGACAUGCUGUAGUCCAUGGGGUUGCAAAGAGUUGGACAUGACUGAGCGACUGAAUUCAACACAUAGGCCAUAUGAAGGCCACCUAGUAAAUGGUUCUAUCAAUCUAACAUCUAAAACAAAUUUCAAACCCGUUUAACUUUGCUGAGUUGACCUAGUUCUUUUAUUUUUAAUGCACUAAAGGAUUUUGUAUCCAAAAAAGAUGGGGGCAGGAUGUGAACAACAAAGUUUGUUCAAGCACCCCUGUGGCCUGAAGUGAAUAAACUAGAGGACACUUAACCUGUUCGGUAGCUUGUCUGGGAAAUAUGUCCAUGGAAAUGGAGAGGGGGGCCCUGUAGAAAUGGAUGGAUUAUGCUGCUGUAUUCUUCAGUAUUGUUUUCUGACAGUGUCUGCCGAGUGCUAUAAACUCACAUAUUGUGGUUCAGUUUUGUUCUCUGCAGCAGGACUGAAAACCCAGACCAAGCCUGCUCCUAUAAAUAUCAAUUCUAAAUGUAUUUGUUGUUAGCUCUUUCUAUUGUGCUGAUUUGUGCAGUGGUAGGAAGAUACAAGAAAGGCAUUUGACUGUGUCUGUUGGGUUGAUAGGAACUCAGGGUGGAGGGGGUGGCCAGAGUUAUUCAUAGUGGUCCCGCGUCCACGCUUAGCACAGGCCUGUGCAAAUUCUGUGCUCAUGGACUUCUCUCUUUACAUGAGAGGAAGGCAACUCUGAGUUCAACAGGAGGGUAACGGGAGACAGCCAGCCUGCGAGGAGGAUCUUGGCAGAGGCACAGGGUAACGAGAGCAGUUCACUUGGAGGGCAGAGACGUGGCAGCCAGAGGAGCAGAACGGCACAUAAGAAAUGGGCUCUUCACACCUCUGACGAAGGCUGCAGGCAGCCCCAGCUGUUAGCCCUGGGGGGUAGAGGGAUCAGCCUGGUUUUAUUUUAGCAGCAGGAGCAGCCAGUGGAAAACCAGAGCCUGUCUGGGGAGGGGCUUUCCAUGGCUGAGAUGGAGUCAGCGCCUGGGGCAAUGACAGUGGCGGCUGCUGCUCCUGCGGCUCCAGGCAGCCCCCAGAAUGGUCUGUGGGUCACAGAUGUAUGUGUCAGGGGAACAGUAGCGCCCAAAGGUUUCUCCUCCUAGGAGACUGUCUAAAAACUUGGGGAAAGGGGGAAAACAAAGAUAAACAUUCUUCAUAGAAGGACCUGUUGGGUCUCGGAAAAAUUCUUGAGUCAGACUUUAGUCCAGAUAUGUUCACCUGCUUGCUGUGUGACCUUGUGCAAAGUACUGGAACUUUCUGGUUUUCACCUGCCACGUCUACCUGACACUCCAUGGAGCUGAGCAGGAGAAGCAGUGUCUGCAAAGAGAAGAUACUCACCUGCACCUCUUGAAUCCUUCAGGGUGGCAGGUUCCCGUACUUGGAUGGCAUCUCUCACCCAUGCGGGCCCUUCAUUGAAACCAGCUGUGCUGUUAUCUGUCCUCAGUCCCAGGACGCCCUGAAGGGGCUGGGAGGCCUCUCCACCUCCAGAGGAACUGUCUAGAGUUAACAAAUAUCUCCCUCCCCUCCUUCUCCUUUUAAAGCUGCAUUUCACUGUCUCCGGCCCUUAAGACUGCAACACAGAUGAAAAAUCGCUACCAAAGCUACAGCCAAGUGGAAAGUCUGGCUGUGCACAAAGUCACACCUCAUUACUGCCAGCUCUGCCCUGGGAAUCUCAGAGAAAACCUAGACUUUCUCUUCUCCCCAGCAGUUACUGCUCCCACGGUUCAGGGGAUGCCCUAUGCAAACGUUUCCCCUGACCCUCCCCACCCUUAUCUGUAGAGAAAGCCGGGAUGUUCAGCCUGCAGGUGACGAAACUGGUCCCAGAGGAGGCCUGGGAGCGUCUCCUGGUGAAACUAUAGAAGAUCAUUAUGAGUAAAGUUAGAACCGGCAUCUGCCCGAAGUAAAGUAAAGCCCUCGUUUAC